AUGGAUAAAUUUGUUUUCAAAAUUAUUACUGAACAACAUAAUGAAAAUACCCAGUCAGAUCCAGUCCCAUCUACUUCUAAGGUAGCUGAGCCUGAGCCAAUAUCGAUAAUAGAGGUAGAUGAGGGAGUGGAUAUGAGUACUUUGAGAAGGAGAACAAAAAUAAAAACUUGGAACCAAGUGAAAAAACAGAGAACUCUUCACGUGCAAAAAAAAGAAAGUAUAUGCCCAAAAUGGAGAGAAUAUCUAAAGACUUUCCAUGGAUUGAUACAUCAGCACAAUAUUUAUUUUGCAAGGUGUGUGUCUCAAGUGGCAAAAGGCCACAAAAUUAAUUGUGGGGGAAUUGGCUAUUUCAUGGAAGAGACCAUUGCUGACAUCAAAGAAAACUAUUUCUCAAUUAUUAUUGAUGAAACCACUGAUAUAGAGAGUAAAAAAUCUAUGGUGGUAAUAGUUCGCUAUCGGAAAGAAGGAAAAGUGACUGAUAGACUUUUAGAUUUAGAAGUCCACUCUGUCACUGGAGAAUCUCUAUUUGCUGCUGCCCAGAAAUUGACCAAAUCAGUUGAACAGUUUGCUAGGGAUCUAUAUAGUUACUUAUCUCAUAGUAGUAAGAGAAUAGCUCAUCUACAAGAAUGCCAGAUCUUCUCCAAUGAAAAACCUCACAAAAUGCUGUAUCCAAGCCAAACUCGGUGGCUCUCAUUGAAGGCUGUUGUUGAAAUAAUCUUGAAACAUUGGAAUUCUUUAAGGUUAUUUUUCCAAAGAGAAGCUCUUGAGGGUAAUUUACCCAGUGCCAGAGCUAUUUUGAAUGCUCUCAAUAACCAAGAAUAUAAGAUAUACUUCUUGUUCUUAUCUUUUGUGUUGGAACUGAUCACAAAAGUUGAUAUAGAGCUAUACAGUCAGAAACCCCAAAACUACCAAUUUGUUUGA